AUGUCUCUCCGGAUCCCUCUCCGCGGACUACACCUCUCCCGUUCUUUAUACAAGCCCUCAAUUCCUCGCCCACGUCCACUCCGCACCCUAACCACCUCCGCCCGACCCCGACUCACCUCCGCACCCGGACUCACCACCACACCAACACCAACACCAACAAUCCCACGAACCUACACUUUCACCUUCACCCCCAGCUCCAAAAACAACAACUCCUCAUACUCAACAUCAUCCUCAAAACCCCCUGCCGAUCAAAUCAUCGACGAACUUCAAGAACUAUACGAAGUCGCAAAAGACGAAUUCGAAAUCGCCACAGAAAGCACCGACUCAGCGACCAUCUACGCGGCGUCGGACCGGGAAUCGGCGCGCGAUGCUCUGAAUGAGCUCAUUGCCGUGUAUACGGUGUACACGAGGGAUAUGUCGUUUGUGAGCCAUUCGCCGCAGGGACAGGUGGAUGUGGAUACGGGGUUGGAUCCGGGUGCUGUGGGGGAUGAAGUGCGUGAGGAGGUGAGGAGGAGGGUGGGGACGAGGGUUAGGGAGAUUGUGGGGGCUGUGGAGAGUUUGGAGGAGAGGGCUUCUGCUGAGUGAUUUGUAAUAUCGUGUUCAUGGUUGUGUAUUGGGGAUGGGAUGUGUGUAUGAUAAUGGUGGUAAUAUUUAGGGUUGGGAUAUGGGAUUGAAUGGAGGUUGUGGUGGUGUGUCAUUACUAUUUAGUAGGUAGGGGCUGUUCAACUCGUGUUGGAUAUAUACUAUGUAGUAGGUUGUAAUAGUAGUAGUAAUAGUAGGUAUAGGUGUCGUCCACUCAUAAUGAUCUUUU